AUGAAGAAAACUCAAGUCCAAGUGAGGUUCACUGAGUUUUUUGAGAAAUGGUUACACCAAAAUGAAGCAAAUCUAAAACAACUAAUCUCCGUUAAAAGAGAUCCAUCUCAUGAAACCGAACAACGAUCACUGAUAUCUACAAUCAUGAACCAUUACAAAGGAUAUUAUUCAACAAAAUGGGCUUGUGUUCAUGAAGAUGUACUAGGUUUUUUCUCUCCACCAUGGUUAACCCCUCUUGAAAAUGCUUACCUAUGGAUGACUGAUUGGAAACCAUCACUGCUGUAUCGUUUACUCACCACAUUGAAUCAUGCAAAAGUCCCUGGCACAAGUCUCAUGAAUCUAACCGAAGAUCAGUUAAAAAAGAUAGAGAAGUUGAGAUUAAAAACUAGCUUGGAAGAAGAGAAAGUAGAACGAGAAAUGGAGAGGCAACAAGUCUCAAUGGCUGACAGCAAAAUGGUGGAGUUAGCAAGGUUAGAGAGUAGAGUUAGAAAUGGUGAGACUGUAAGUGGAGUUGAUGGGUUAGUACAAGGUGCAUUGAAGGUUUUGUUAAGUGGGUUAGAAAAAAUUGUCAAGACUGCAGAUUGUGUUAGACUCAAGGCGUUGAAGGGGGUUUUGGAAAUACUUUCUCCUUUACAAUGUGUUGAUUUCAUGGCUGCUUUCUUAAUGCUUCAAAUUCAAAUGAGGAGGUUGGGAAAAAGAAAAGAUCAUGAUCAAAUCAUCAAUUAG